AUGGGAAACAUAUCGUCCAAUCAGAUCGGUCCUCCGGAAGAACUUGCGCCGAUUAUCGCAAAGUUCCACUUUUACAAUGAUCUCAUAUCCGGAUGCUUGAGUCUUAUGAUCAAUGCGCUUCUGAUAUUUGUGAUCACAUCCAGAUCAGCAGUAGGUACAAAAAAGUUCAGACGAGUUAUGGCUAUGUCGAAAGUGUUCGAGAUGCUUUUUAGUGCAAGUUACAUACUCACCGCUCCGGUAUUUCUCACAGUAAUAUGAAUGGAUAUCCGUGAUGUCAUUUUAGGUAUUCACAUCCGUUGACAUCCCUCCCAACUUCUCAGGACUUCUCAUAGUGAACACUGGAUGGCAAUUCAAUUUCACUUACAGCCAAGUCUUUCUCUCGGCUGCUCUUAUUCUGCUAACACAACUCAUAUUCAUCUCUCCGUGGCUAUAUUACAUUCGAUACGCUCAAGUUUGCAGGCAAGAAGAAGGGUCACUUAUGUAUUCAAUUCAGUUUUCUUCUUUCAGGAAAAACGGAGGUGGCUUGAAAGAUGUCGUUAUCAUAAUUCUCUCGAACAUUCUUCUGCACUUUCUCACUUCUGUCUGCUUCAUUUCCUCGUCAAUUCCCACAGAUGCGGACAUCAUUCUGCUCAAAUCAGUUGCUGACAGAUUCACACAAACCACUUCCGCAUUUCUGCUCUUGUCCUACACUGUAAACUUGCUUUCUAUCAAGUGCAGUACAAUAUUGAAGUUUUCAGAGAGCGAUCACAACUACGGCAGAGCUGGUGUGCAAAGUAGUGUCGGUGGUUUCGGCAGUCAGCUACUUGGCUAGUCUGCUCUUCUCGACAGUCGUCAUGAUUUUCUGCACGAUAAAGAUUAACAUGAAAAUUCGACAGUCGAAGAACACAAGCAGCAAUUUGCUGACUUUGCAAAGGAAGAUGAACAGAGUGUUACUCACGCAGGUUCGUUUUCUAUUCUCGUCCUCUGGCGGAUAACUUUUCAAUUCAGUUCUUCUGUCCGCUCCUCUUCAUCCAACUCUCCUUCUUCUACUCGGUGCUCGGUCCGAUCGCCGGUCUCUCCCAAGGUCUCGCCACCGACUUUCUUCCCCUUUUAUUCGCCUGGUCCCCCGUUGCAAACACUCUCUUCAUCUUCCUUCUCAACUCGGAAAUACGAAAUGCUCUUAUUCGGAAACAAGCAACCACUGCCACUUCUGACGCCCGACGCUCAUUUGCAAAUGAGAACUGAAUUCCCCUGAUCCUCCGCUCUUUUCUAGAACCUCUAUAAUUAGCAUCAUGCUGCUCCUCGUGGAGCGCAGAGCCCAGAACGUGAUAAAUAGUAGUUGGCGUCGUCAUCCGCCUUCCGCCUGUUAUCACCAAUUAUCCAUUCGUCUCUCGCUACUCCCUUGUGAGUUCCCCCGCGUUUAGUCUUGUUAGUCAUGUGAGCGAGCUACUUACUUUUCGCUCACGAAACCGGAAUGAGCUCUGUCGGUGAGUUGUCGCCGUACCGUCGUUCCUUCAAUUCAUCUCGAUUCAGGUCCGCCAGCAGAUGUCGCCAUCGCAACGGCCAAAUCUGCGUGGCUGAAUAACAUAAUCGCCUGCGGACUCUCGAUUUUUUUAAAUAUCGUCACAAUCUGGGUGUACGUGUCGAGAAAGAAUGUUCCGGGCCUCAUGAAGACUAUCAUCGGACUCAUUCGUCUACUCGAGAUCGCAUUUAGUGUGCUCUUCAUAGUGGCGUGUCCGGUAAGCGUUUUGUGUAUUGGUGUGCCGCUCGGAGAUUGCAAAGAUCUCUGGCACUUUGGCAAUUUGGAAACCUUUGCAGGUAUUCGCGUGCGUCGACUCGCCCGACGUGUUCAGCGGUCUCGUGAUUGUCGAUGUGGGGAUCGCCUUCCCGACGAAUGUCUCCCGCGUGCUCCUCAUGCUCUCUCUCGUCUUUCUGACUCAGCAGAUCUUCCUGUCGCCCAUCACCUCCUUCAUCAGAUAUUUUCAAAUCUGUCGGUUCGUUUCACUUUUCAUCCAACCCCCGCAAACUGAUAGUUUUACAGAAAAGGUGUUCAUCUACCUCACGUUCUACUCAUUCUCACUCUCAAUUCCAUCUUCCUCCUGGAAAGUUCCGGUGUGUUGUGCUACGCUGGCUAUCCGACAAUCGAUGAUGAAAUAGUGCUCACUGGAGUGGCCUCUUCUUAUGCCGGACAUUUGACUGCUUUCCUCGUGCUCUCUUACGAUGUCAGUCGUUUCUUGGGAGCCAAAAUGUCUCGGAAUCUUUGAUUUUCAGAAAAAUAGAACUGGAACAGCUUCAAUUAUAAGCGGAGUCACCUACUUCCUCAUGCUCGUUCUCUCCGUUCUCGUCAUGAUUCUCUGUCACCUUCGAAUCAACGCAAAGAUCCGCUCCAGCCAGAAUAUGAGUGAGAACCUGAAGAUGAUGCAGAAAAGGGCGAAUAAAAUACUGACUACCCAGGUAAGAAAACGAGUUUCUCAUCCAACAUUCAUUUCAAUUCCAGUUCAUCCUAACAAUGAUCUUCAUUCAACUCCCAUUCUUCUAUUCCGUGCUCGGUCCGAUUCUUGGAUUGUCCGACGGGCUGUCCACCUACAUCUUCUCCACUCUGUUCGUGUGGGGUCCAGUGGCCAAUGCUUUCGGAAUGUUUGUAUUCAAAACGGAAGUCCGUCGGGUGAUCUUCCGAUGUGCAAAAGACAGAGAUCUGAGCGUUGUCAAUGUGGCGGACAACAAAUCGAACCGAUCGGAUAUGAAAUCUUGA